AUGGAUUCAAGAAGUCGACAUCAUCCUCUUCGUGAAUCAUCAGAAGGGUACAAAAGUGGCAGUUAUCGACUAUCUACUCUGAAAACUUGUGCUUAUGGAUGCUGCAAAAAAACCGAUAACAUUCUAGAAGAUUUUCUUCACAAAAAUGGGUUUCUUCAAGGUUUUUGUUCCGAUAUCACCGUCAAAGCGUUUGAUAAGGAAUAUAACCUUCAUAAGUUGAUUUUAUCCAGGGCAGGAUAUUUCAGAGCAUUGUUUCUUAGAUGGUCAGACGAUGAUUCCAAAUGCCAUGAGUUAUUAUUUGAUUCUAUACACGACAACAUAAACCGUACCUCGUUCGAGUUGGCAAUCGGUGGGCUAUAUGGGGGAACCGAUAAGAUUGCCGAAGAAGCGUUAGCAACCAACAUGAUUUCUACAGGACAGUUCUUGGAUAUUCCUGAACUUGUAUGCAACGCAACAGAUUACAUUGUCAGUGAUUUAAGCUUUGAUACUUUGAGGAAGUACACCCUAUUUGCAUAUAGUCAUAAUUUGGGAACCCCGUCAGAGAGAAUUUUAGAUAGUGCUAGAGGGUUAUUGUGUAUUGAAGGAUAUGAAAAAGGUGUGGCUUCAUGGGACGGACUUCCUACAGACCUUAUUGUGGACGUGGUUAGUAAUGACUCCUUUUUCGUACCCACAGAAUGGGAUAGGUGUCUAUUUAUUAUCAAGUUAAUCGAAAAAAGAAUUAAAGUCAACAUUUGCGUCAAAGAUGAAAAUUCAGUAAUAGCAAACAAUGAAUCGACGCUGCUGAUAUCUAUUGAAGAGAAUGACCUAAGUGGCACCAAUGGGUUAGAAGCUCCAUUGAGAGAUUUAAAGUUGAAUAAAAAAACUGUGCGGCCUGCCAAGUCAAUGUACAUGAAUAAUUAUAAUAAUGAUAGAGUAAUACCUUUAAAAUCACGAUCUUCUUCAUUUAGUUACUUUGGCACCAAAAAGAGUAACGCAAACUCCAGCUUUGAGGACACUCAAUCAGUCAUAACUGAUGUGUCCGCAUACGAUGAAGACGAUGACGAAUUAUAUUUUGAAGAGAUAUCCAAAUUAAAGCAUUGUCUUUGCAAAUCAGUUUAUUUUUGCCAUUUAUCAUUUGAACAAUUACAAAUAUUGGAAACUUUGACAGAUGCCAAUGGUGAACCGUUCGUUGAUUCAAUGGUUUUAAGAGAUGCUCUUUGGGUUCAAUCUACUUUGCAUCGUUUGAUAGUAUCUACUCCAAAAUCAGAUUCUAAAUUGAAUAUUACUAAACUUGGAGAAUCUCAGCCAGGAAUUAAUGGUUUUCAGCCGCCGUGGUAUAAGGUUCCUGUAAAGGAUGAAACGGUUUAUGGAUCACCCAAGAAUUUGGAUGCGAUUAUUGAUGAGAAACAGAAAAUUUUGGAAACUGUGAAUGAUGAUCCUGAGCCCGUUGAUAUUGAUCAGCGAGAAAAAGAAGAGUACUUGCAAGAGGAUGAUGAUGACUCUGCUAAGAGUUGUGACACAUCUGGCGAUGUGAUGACAUCAAAAUUAGACUCUAAUGACUCCCAGUAUCAAUCAAAAAGCCUGCUCCUUGAAAACAUUAUGAAACAGCAUUCUAAAAAAAUUAAUUCCAGAAAGCUUUAUAAAUGGUCUAAGUAUCCACCUUUUAGGUUUUCAGUGGCAUUUUGUGAUAUUUCUAACUUGGACACUGAAAAGCGUUUGUAUGGGAAAGUUUUAUGGUAUGCCGGAUGUUAUUGGAAUCUUUACAUUCAAAAAAUCAAGAAGCACAAGAAAUUUCAGCUUGGAGUAUAUUUACAUAGAGCGCUGAAUCCAGGACCCCCAAAGAAUGGAUAUAUAAAUCAGGAUAUUUUCAAGAGUUAUGAUAUUGUCAAUGGUCUCAAUACCAAUGAAACAAUUGGUGAGCAGUUUAAUAAUGCUGUCGAUUUGCAGAAUUCGGCUUCUAACGGAGGGUUGAGUACGGUGGUGGUCAAUGAAGAUGAUGCCUUGCCAAACUCUACAUUAGAUUCAUUGGGGCUUAAUAAUGACGAAGUGUCAAUGAACUUGAGUUCUCAAUUUGGGGAUUAUACUAACAGUGAGGAAGUUUUUGCCACGGCUAACAACAGUCAAAUUUCCCGUCGGGCAUCAGCGCUUGAUUCUAUUGAUCCAAAGAAGUAUGUUCAAGAAAAGGACAAAUCUAUUCCGAGUUAUGAAGAUAAAAGAAGUCAAAUUUCAGUUUACUUUAUCAUCAGAACCCCGUCAGAGAAGACUAAAUCGAGUUUGAUUUGUUUCACUAGCUCGCCUAGUUUGUUUAGCACAUCACAGAGCUGGGGUUGGAAAAGUAAUAGUAUGUGCACUUUCAAUGAGGAUGGAAGUUUGUCAUUGAAGGAUAAAAAGUACCUUAAGUUCAUGGUAACGCUUGGCACUGUGUAA